AUGCCGUGGUUCAGAAGUUUCAUCCAGCUCUCCACCGCCUUCACCAGACAACGGUCUCUGCAGCCGCGCAGAUCGGCGGCUGUAUUCGGUCCGCCGCCGUCGAUCGUUCAAUUGCUGCAGCAUUUCAGCGUCGCCGCUCAGAGCAACCGGGAGCCGGGAUUGGGGUCCACGAAGGGCGAUGAGAAGCCCAGAGUGGUGGUUCUGGGCUCGGGCUGGGCCGGCUGCAGGCUCAUCAAGGACAUCGACACGAAGACCUAUGAUAUCGUGUGUGUAUCCCCCAGGAAUCACAUGGUUUUCACGCCCCUGCUCGCUUCCACGUGCGUCGGGACCCUGGAGUUCCGGUCGGUGGCCGAGCCGAUCGGCAGGAUCCAGCCUGCAAUCUCUCGUGAACCCGGUUCUUACUUCUUCCUCGCCAACUGUACCGGUGUUGACUUCCAGAGUCACCAGAUUCACUGUGAAACUGUAACUGAAGGAGUUGACACCCUAGAUCCAUGGAACUUCAAAAUCGCAUAUGACAAGUUAGUAAUUGCUUCUGGAGCUGAGGCUUCUACAUUUGGUAUUAAGGGCGCAAAAGAACACGCUGUCUUUCUUCGUGAAGUUCAUCAUGCUCAGGAAAUCAGGAGGAAACUGCUGUUAAAUCUGAUGCUCUCGGAUGUGCCCGGAGUUAGUGAAGAAGAAAAGCGUAGGCUCCUUCACUGUGUUGUUGUUGGAGGCGGUCCCACAGGAGUUGAGUUCAGUGGCGAACUAAGUGACUUCAUACGGAAGGACGUUCAUCAAAGAUAUGCACAUGUGAAAGAUUACAUUCAUGUCACGUUGGUUGAGGCAAAUGAAAUACUGUCAUCCUUCGAUGAUCGACUCAGGAAGUAUGCAAUUAAGCAACUGACAAAGUCAGGAGUCCGUCUUGUCCGAGGGAUUGUGAAGGAUGUUCAAUCUGAUAAGAUAAUCCUUAGUGAUGAUACAGAUAUUCCGUAUGGUGUCCUGGUGUGGUCUACAGGUGUUGGUCCUUCUCCAUUUGUGAGUUCACUCGUUGUUCCUAAAGCACCUGGUGGAAGGAUCGGGAUUGAUGAAUGGCUAAGGGUUCCUUCUGUGCAAGACGUGUUUGCAAUUGGCGAUUGCAGUGGGUUUCUUGAAAGUACAGGCAGACCCGUUCUUCCAGCCCUGGCCCAGGUGGCCGAGCGGCAGGGAAAAUAUCUUGCAAAACUGUUGAACCAUUUGGGGAAGGCUGGCGGUGGACGUGCAGAUGCUGCAAAAGAUGUCGACUUUGGAAAUCCAUUCGUGUAUAGGCACUUGGGGAGCAUGGCUACUAUUGGAAGAUACAAGGCGCUGGUGGACCUUAGGCAGAGCAAGGAGGCAAAAGGUCUAUCAAUGGCAGGUUUUGUUAGCUGGUUUGUUUGGCGCUCAGCUUAUCUCACUCGUGUCAUCAGCUGGAGGAACAGAUUUUAUGUGGCAAUCAAUUGGCUGACAACCUUCGUGUUCGGUCGUGAUAUUAGUCGGAUAUGA